UUUGCUAGGGUUUGUCAAUCUCUUGCUCGAUUGCGGCUAUGGAGGAAGGAUUUCGCGCGGGGAAAGGAUCGCGCUCGCCAAGCUGAGCGCUCCACAGGCAAUGUAGAUCGAUCCCACUGCCGCAUUGUAGCACUGUGGCCGGCGGCGCGGAAUUGGAGCGCAAGUAGAGAGGGAUCGAGGUAGACACGGAGAGUGAGCGCUGCAUUUCUCAGCGCCUAUGGCGCCCAGGCAUUCCUCCCCGAGAGAGAUUCCCAGGGGCGAAUCUUGCGGCGACGGGGAUGCGAGCACCUCGCGGCAGAGCGCAUUCUCCUUCACGCAGCUCCUCAUCAAUGGCGAUCUCUGGCACGAGAUUGCGGGAGAUCCCGAGGCGGAGCUCGCCACGUCCACGCUUCCAGCGGUCUUGCCUCAGUCGGAUUUCGAUGUGAAUCCCUCCAACGAUGGCCAAGACGUGAUCACAGCACCGCCUCCCACCGCGAUCGACAAGGCCAAGAGAAGGAGACCUCCAAAGGAUAGAAAGGCCAUAGAAGCGAAUGAGAAGCAGCACAAGAAACCAAAAGGUGCCAAGGAUCGCGGUGAUCAAGCUUUGAGCGAGAGCACCGAGAACACUACGAAUUCCAAUCUGGGCAAGGAGAAUUCCAAGCCAGGAGCUGGGAACACGCAAGAUUACAUUCACGUUCGAGCAAGGCGAGGCCAAGCAACGGACAGCCACAGUCUCGCCGAAAGGGUUCGUCGUGAGAAGAUUAGCGAGCGCAUGAAAACGCUGCAGGAUCUCGUGCCUGGUUGCAGCAAGGUAACGGGAAAAGCUAUGAUGCUAGACGAGAUCAUCAACUAUGUCCAAUCUCUCCAGCGGCAAGUUGAGUUUCUUUCGAUGAAGCUAGCAGCAGUGAAGCCAGCUCUAUACACGGAUGCUUACCAAGUUCCAUCGAUGGCCGCCGGAGCUCAUGACGCGAAUUGCUUCGCUCGUGAUCCGUCACAGAAUUUCCGGGCGGUCCUGCGCUGUUAGGAGUGGUGCUCAAGCAUAAAACUAAUUACGUCGUCUAAUCUCAUAAAUAUAGUAGAAUAUACGGGAAUAGAGAAAGUUGACGGAUCAGGCAGUUCUUUCAAUUCGAAUUGUUGGACAUCUAUUCCCAUACA